AUGCAAUUGCGAUGGGACUACCCGUUGGAGCCCGCUGUAGGAGCCUGGGGUCCAACCACGUCAAAUCACAAUUUUUGUGAAGAGGACUACAUCAUCACUCCAUAUAUUGGCGAAUUCGUCAACACCCUCACAAACAUCAGCUAUGUAAUUUACGGAAUCCACGGUCUACGCCGUGUAUCUCCCAAACCCGAAGGCGGCCUCAUCUCGACGCUCGCUUUCCCUUACUGGGGACUCAUCGGCGUGGGCGUCCUCUCCGCCUGGUUCCACGCCACCCUAAAGUACCACUCGCAAAUGGGCGACGAUUUGUCCAUGUUCCUCGCUGUGGGUGCCGUACUACACCAAUUGCUGUGUUUCGACGCCACACGCGCCCAGCGCCAAAAGUACACGUUAUAUAUCCUAGGCAGCCUGAUCCCCAUCUCCAUUUACCACGUGUGGGCCGACGAGAUUAUUAUGCACGAAAUCGCUUUUGCAGCCAUGAUCUUCCUUGUAUCGAGGCAUACACGCGCGCUCAUCAAGAAGCAGAUUACUAACGAAGAGGCACGCAAGAAGCUGGGGAGCAUGGCUACAUUUGGUAUCUCGACUGGGCUGUUUGGGUAUUUUCUUUGGAACAUUGAUUUUCAUGCUUGCGGGUAUGUUACGCAGUUUAAGCAUUGGAUUGGACUUCCGUGGGGCUUUUUGUUUGAAUUGCAUGGCUGGUGGCAUAUUUUUACAGCGAUUGCGGCAUAUGUGGGUAUGGCACUUACGGAGUAUCUGGUCACAAUUGAAGAGGGGAAGACAGGGCAUGCGCAGGAGGGGUUUGUCUGGCCGGUUAGGACUGUGUUGAGGGAAAUAGAUGCGAUUGAAAGGAAGGGUGUUGAAGGGAAGAAGGUUAUGUAA